UUCGGCCAUUGCCAAAUCUUUCACGUUGCACUCAUAGCACCGCGAAACAGUUUUCUCUAUAUCGACUCAACAGUAACUAUUCAAAAUGGGAUCAGACACUGUCAAACCACCCAAUGCAUUCAGUUUGUUUCUGUGGAAUCCUAAUACCAAGGAGUGUCUUGGAAAAACAGGAAAGAGUUGGUGUCUACUCAUAUUCUUUUUCAUCGUCUUCUAUAUAUGCCUCGGUGGAUUCUUUGCCGUAAAUAUACUUGCCUUUCAGUCCACCCUUAAUGAACUAGAGCCGAAAUAUUACGGAAAAACAAGCAUUCUUGGGGGAACUCCAGGAAUGGGCUUCAGACCGCAACCGGACACUGAAGCAGUAUUGAUACACUUCUCUGUCAGUAGCAACAAAACACACAGUCAAUAUGUGAAAGCACUGGACACAUUUCUAGAAGCCUAUCAGCCAGUGGCACAACAAGGACCCCACUUUAUCACAUGCGACAAGUCUAUGGGGGCCCCCGCUGACAGAGUUUGCAAGUUUCCAAUACCAAAACUUCCAGGAUGCGAGAGAGAAAACAGCUACGGCUUCAAAGAUGGCAAGCCAUGCGUGAUUCUGACACUGAACAAGAUAUUUGCAUGGAUACCCGAGCUCCAUGACAGCAUAAGUAUAGCAGCAGCAAACGCACCAGAUGAGCUACUACAGCGAUUCAGGGAGGGUUCGAUAGGAGUUUCCUGCAACGGAAGGGAGGAGAUGGAUGUCCAGCAUAUAGGCCAAGUCGAGUACGCGUCCGCAUCCGGCUUUUCGGCGGAGUACUACCCAUAUUGGAACCAGGACGGUUACAUACAGCCCUUCGUUUUUGCGCGUUUUAAAAAUUUGAAACGCGAUGUCGCAGUCAACAUCGAGUGUAAAGCCUGGGCGAGGAACAUACACAUGGAUAGUAGAAAUCGGAAAGGCAUCGUUAGCUUCGCAAUUAUGGUCGACAACUAGAGCGUGACUGGUGGCGCCAGCUGGCGUCUCUGAGCAUGGUUCACGCGCAUUCAAUAGCUAAUUAACUAAAAAUCACGUAGCCGUUUCGAUUUUAAGGAAUUUCGUUAAUAAAAUUCGUUAAUUCAAAACGUCGUAUGUCGUUAUAGUUGUGGACACGUUACUCUCCACAUCGUGCAUAUUAAUACUUGGUUAUAUACCAAGUACCAGUAUUACCAGUAUUAACUAUAAUACGACCUCGCUUUUAUAUAUAAACAAGUUUCCUUGAUCAGUAAACGGCAAUACUCAUUGUAAAAUUUUUGAAAAUAAGUGAGUAGGCAAAUUCUUACAUUGUAGCCUUUUUUAUCGAUUUUGCAUUUCAGGUAUAUAUAAGCUAUACCUAUAUAUGAGGAUUCAUUUCAUUGCACGCGGAACUUUUAAUAAAUAAACAUAAGUUAA